UCCCAACCGAUUGGCCCUGUGUGUGUUUUUUCUGGAUUUCUGUCUCAGUCUUUCCUGUCCCGCUUCCACCGUGUUCUGAUAGAAUUGGAGACAUGAAGAGAAAACUGCUGAAGGAACACAGAGAAUACAAUAAUCUCGUGUGUGUGGCCUUCCUACUGCGUAACUCCGGCUGGUGCCUCCGAAGAGCUCACAUAAAGGCGCAACCACUUCCGUCUACACACAAAUAGUAGGAAUAACGCUAAGGCACGCUAUGCAUGCAGGUACUACCAACUCCAUGAUGCAAGUCAUGCCCAACGCGGACCUAGACCUGCUGCUCAAUGUCGACACAUGGGAGGCUAGCUGGGGUAAGACGGACAGGGCCAAGGCGGCUCUGGACAUGGGAGAGCCAGAUAGAAGCUUCGCAAGGGAGCUAGUUCGAGCAACGAAGAGGCACCUGGGGGGAGGGGUGGGGGGAGACGGUUCGAUGGAAGGCGUUGGGUGGCAGGGCUCUUCGGCUUGGAUAGCAGACCAGUUCCAGCUUCACUUCGAAGACCUGGUCACCACGGCUGCCGAGUGCUUGGCGCGAAAUGCCAGCCUCGAACAAGCCCGUAGACGAGAAGAGGAAGAGGAGGAGCAGAGACGAAAGGCUGAAUUGGAAAAUGGAGGGAGGGGCUCCGCGAUGGAGAUGAUCGCUGGAGUGGUUACCCCCACCCUAGAGGGCAUCGGCCUCAGAAAGGCAUGGCAGCAGACAGCUACCUGGCUGAAUGGCUCAGGACCCGUCCCAGUAGCGACAGCUCUAGAAGCACACGGCAAACGGUGGUCGGAGCUGUGGACAGAGUCGGAGAACUUCGCCGUGUGGCAGUCGUCGCACCGCCUCGCGGGCGCCAACGGAAACCCAUCGGAGGCGUUCCCAUCAUCAUCGUCGCUGCGCUCGGAAAAUAACAACAGUGCUUCCUUCUCCGGCGGCGAUGGCGGAAACACCAACAACAGCAGCCACAGCAGCGAUCCCAACAAAGCUGUGCUCCGUCCGUCAACAGGAGCGAGCUUUUCGAACGGCAACGGCAGCAGCAGCACGCUGGCAAAUGCGCUGCUGUGCAGCAACGGGCUGGCCGGCGCGGGCGCCUUUUUCAUCGACGACGUUAGUAGCAGCAGUAGUGCCAAGAAGGCGGGGUCGGAAGGGGCGCCGCAGUCUGGCGUUAAGACGUACACGUACGAGGGGAGCGGGGACACCUAUACCGGUUCGUGGAGAAACGGGCGUCGACACGGCGUGGGCGUGUACGAGGAACGAGCCACUGGGAACAGUUACGAGGGGGACUGGGUCGAAGACGCUCGACACGGGCGAGGGGUGCUUACAUCGGGUGAUAAGGAUUUCGUGUACGACGGAGAAUGGGUGGAUGACAAAAGAACUGGCGUGGGCAACUCGGUCAUCAGGGGCACGGAGACGUAUAGCGGGCGUUGGAAGGACGGGGAGUUCCACGGGGGAGGCGUUCACUGCGACGCCAGAGGGAACGUCUACGACGGGGAGUUUGUCCAUGGCCAGCGAGAAGGCGUUGGUCGAUGGACAGCGAAGUCGGGCUUGGAGUACGUCGGCGAGUGGCGUGCUGGACAGAUGUCGGGGGUGGGGCAGUCCACGGAAAAGGACGGAACAGCAUACUCGGGGGAGUGGCACAACGGCCGAUAUUCUGGGGAAGGGACUCUCACCCUCCCGACCGGGGCCCGAUAUGAAGGAAUGUUCCGAGAAGGGGAGAAGCACGGAUCGGGGUCUCUACUCACUGCGGAAGGCGAUACUCUGGAGGGGGAGUGGGUCAAGUCCAGGCCUCAGGAAGGAGACACGGAAUGGCGAAUACGCUUCGCGAACGGGGAUCAUUACGCCGGAACGGUCCUAGAAGGCGUUCCGCACGGCACCGGGACCUACAAGUACUCGAACGGGGACAUCUUCACCGGAGGCUGGGACAGAGGCCUCCGACACGGGCAGGGCAUCUGUGUCUUCGCGAACGGGGAGAAGUUCGAGGGGGAGUGGGUGCGAGAUCACAUCUCCUACCAUGGGAAAGGGGCGCUUACCCUUGCAGACGGGACUACCCACGACUUUUCUUGACGUCAUCUCAUGUCACGUCAUGGGUUGAUGGCGUUGCCGUAGAGGUCCCUUUUGACUGCCGGUAGGUGCCCAGAUAAUUCACCGGCACAGUGCCGGGCCGGUACUAUUCAAAAUAUUGAAUUCACUAUUCAAAGUAUUGAGAAUGACUUGGAAUUCGCUACUGUGUGUCCGCCGAAAGCACCGGCACUAUAUUCCGGGCACCGGCUCUAAAUAGGGACCUCUGCUGUACCUGUACAGUCGUGGCUCCGAUAUUUGAGGAUUAAGGGGCUCCGAUGUUACAGGUGUCUUGGUCACUCCGCCGCCGUCCUACAUUGGAGUCAUAGUUGUACCCGUUGUCGACAGGGAAGAAGCGGUAUCCCUUCCCCGAUUGGAAGGAACUCCGCUUGGGGUGCAACUGUGGCCUCAUCCUGGUCCUUAAAAGAGUGUUUUGUAGAUUAUCAUGUUCCACGUGGUCUACGGUGCUGGCGAGGGGUUGACAUGAUGACCGUCUUGUAGAUUAACCCAUGUUUUGGUCCAAGCUCAAGCCUGUCGGAGCGACGUAGACGAUCAGCGGAGGCGUUGUCUGCUGUGAAGUGUGAUAUUCGAGUUGGACGUUUACUCCGAUUUGAUGGUUGACCACCAAAUGAAAUGAAAAUUAAGCAAUUGCGCUCAAUAUUUCAGCACCCUCCGCCGGCAGCUUCGAAGGGGAGAGAGAACAGUCGUGACGGGAACAUGCAGCAGUUAUGUAAAUCCUCGUCCGACGGAGUGACCAAUAGACUGUAUCACGUACACACGUCAUCCACUUACCUGCUAGCGGGAGUGAUCGAAUAGACUGUGUGACGCACACACGUUUCGCCCACUCGAAUGAACAUGUGGGUGCAGAGAGCAGGGUGGGUGGCUGUCGUGUGAAGGAAUGAAAUGUAAGUGAUAAGCGUCAGCGGAUUGG